AUGGCAGAUGAAACCCAGGAUUACGCCACUUGUGAACAAAUCAGUCUUUGUAUACGUUACGUGUACGAAGACAAAAUACGAGAGGAUUUCCUUGGCUUUGUACAACUGGAGAAAAUGGGUGCGCGUACGAUAGCUGACAAAAUAUUUAACACACUUACAGGAUAUGCUUUGAAUAUGGAUAACAUGGUUGGACAUGGGUAUGAUGGGGCGGCAAUGAUGAGUUCUGACAAAAAUGGCGUACAAGAUAUUAUUCAAAGACAGUACAGCAACGCAACAUAUGUCCAUUGUCGGUCACAUACCCUCGCAUUAGCUCUUGCAGCUGGUUGUAGACAGGUCCCAGAAACCUGUAACUUGUUUGACAGUGUUGAAAAACUUACUUGGUUUUUGGGUGGUGGUGCCAAUGAAAGCCAAUUUUUAUAA